AUGCACCCAGUGCCAGCGAUACGGUCGAACGUGCCCUGGAUACCGCCGCACCUUCAGAUUCCAAGACGAAGGCCCCAGUCUCGUGCGGCGACACCGUCCCACGACACGGCGGCGGGGGCGAGGGCGUCCGCGGGCCCAACAACCUCUAUCACAUCAGGACCGGCGGGCACAGCGCAGAUCACGCCGCCGAAGCGGGUAGAGCACACCAAUGAUGGCAAUGGCACGGCCGCCGAAGUACGCAACAAUGCGAUCGCCUUGAUGCGCCGCCAUUCGGCGUCUGUGUCGCUGGACGAGAGUGUUUCGCCGUCGCUAGUGCGCCAGUCCAUGAGGUCCGCGCAGCCACAGCUGUUCUUGGAUUUCAUCAGCGCCUCGUUUCCCACGCUAUAUUUUCAUAAUCGGUUUCGUGCUGGCAACGAGCCUGGGUUUGCGGAGUUCAUCAUUAUGAAUUUUGGUCAGGACGCGUAUCUGGAUUCGGCAAUUUGUUGUUUGAGUUCUGUUUAUUUGGCCCAUUUAACGCAGGACCCGGCACUUUUCCGGACGAGUCGUCGCAUGUACGGCAUCGCGUUGAGUGAGAUGAUUCGGGCGCUGCCGAAAGGCGAACAUGCGAGCUCGGACAAUAUGCUUUGCACGUCCAUGAUGCUGAGCGUCUAUGAGAUGUAUGCCCAGACUAGCCCCGAUGCAUGGGUAGUGCACUCCGAGGCUGUAAAACGGCUCAUGAGCAACCGGGGCACCAAGGGCCAUAAGACCGGCUUUGGACGGUCUUGCUGGAUUGCGUUUCGAGGUUUUCAUGUUGCAACUGCAAUCUAUCAGUCCGAGCCUUGCUUCCUUGACUCGCCAGACUGGCAAUCCUAUGCGUCAGAAACCAUGACUGAAGAUGCGAAAAAGCCCGGCGAAUGGGCUGCAUACACUAUCAUCUCCGACAAGACGUUCAUGGAGAUAACCAAGUGUCCGCGGUAUAUAAGCGAGACGCGAGAUAUCCUCUCCGGCAAGACGCCGCUGGUUCCAUCCAAAGUCGAACAACUCAUCCAGCGUAUGGAGGAAACAGCUCAGCGCUUGCACUUCCUCGCGGCCGAGCUGCGCUUCUGUAUAACUGCUCAUACUCAACGCGAACAAGGCAUCACCCGACGCCCUGGUACCUUCGUGGGCCCCGUUCCUGAGGUCUUUCCUGAAACAGGCCCAUCAUUACUUCUCCGGGGAGCAGAAAACAUUCAAGCAGUCCUCGAGCAGCUCCACAAUCAUCUAGAUAGGAAACUACGCUUCCGAGCCGUUAAAGAGCAUUCUCCAGCAUCCACAGUAGAUACACUGAGCGAUGAAAGUGCAGAAACUCCACCACCAGCAGCACCACCAACACUUACCACAUUUACUUUGCCCUUUCGAAUCCACUCCGAAAUUGGAGAUGGCCCUUCCAAAACUUCAGACAGCGACGAUCCUCGCGCGGUGAUUUGGUUGGACCGCGUGGCUUCGUCAAUGGGGGUCCUGGGCACGAAAGUCCUGAUCGACGAGCCCCCAAUGGGAUUCAUCGAAGAAGAGGCUUCUAGGUCGAGUCCUUCCCAUUGGUCCUGA